AUGGUUUUUAGAAGUCAUUUGAGAGAACUUCGCGAACGCUUCAGAGAACAGAAAUCGGUUCAUGAAAUCAUUCGGAAUAUCGCAUCAAAAAACGGGCUUGAUCCAUUGUCGCAUGAAUUUGCUCUAUAUCUCGAUGAUAAUGAUGAGUUGAAGCACUUGCGAGAAGAAUUUUCAUUUCCCAAAGUUAGUGAAUGUGUCCCCAAGGACGUAGUUCCUAUUAUAUCAGAAGAGGAAGCUGUUUAUUUGAGUGGAAAUUCACUUGGUCUACUCCCGAAGCGUACACGAAAGCUGAUCAAUGAAGAGCUUGAUGUUUGGGCGACAUCAGCCGUCGCGGCCCACUUUAACCACAAGUUUGGUCGAAAUUGGGCUAAUAUUGAAGAUCAAGUAAUUAGCAAGCUUACCGGGAUUGUUGGUGCAAAGCCAAUCGAAAUAGCUGUGAUGAAUACGCUGACGUCCAAUAUACAUCUUCUGCUGGCCUCAUUCUACACGCCGACUCAAUCGCGGUUCAAAAUCUUGAUAGAGGAAAAUUCGUUUCCCUCUGAUAGAUAUGCACUAGAGUCUCAGAUCAAGUUCCAUGGAUAUCUUCUUGAAGCUGCACUAAUCGAGAUAAAGCCACGACCGGGCGACAUUACACCUGAGAUUGAAGACGUUCUUAGUGUUAUUGAGAAAGAGGGUGAUAGCAUCGCAUUAGUAUUCAUGGAGGCAGUUAACUAUCACACUGGACAAUUAUUUGAUAUCCCAAAGAUUACAAAGGCAGCUCAGAAGAAAGGUUGCAUCGUUGUAUGGAAUCUUGCGCAUGCGAUCGGGAAUGUUGAACUAAAACUUCACGACUGGAACGUCGAUCUUGCUGUCUGGUGUUCGUACAAGUACUUAAAUUCGGGUCCGGGUGGGAUAGCCGGAAUUUUUGUGCAUGAAAAACACGCAUUUGAAUUUGACAGACCGAGAUUUGCCGGCUGGUGGGGUCACAAUAGAGAAACGAGGUUCUUGAUGAAUAAGUCUUUCCAGCCAAUACCUGGAGCAAAAGGUUUCCAAGUUUCCAAUCCCUCUGCUCUUGACAUGGUCGCUUUGUAUGGCUCACUCGAAGUAUUCUCUCAGACAAACAUGUCUGACCUUCGCCAUAAGUCAUAUCUAUUAACCGGUUAUCUUGAAUUUCUUCUCGACGAAAACCUCCACGGAAUUGGAUACAGGAUAAUUACGCCUCGCAAUCCUCACGAACAUGGCGCGCAAUUGUCGAUCAUGUUUGACGAAUUAAAGGCAGAGGAAAUUAUCAACGCGUUAUUAAUUCGGGGUAUUAUAUGUGAUGAAAGAAAGCAAACCGUUCUUAGAGUUGCUCCCGCCCCUUUGUACAAUCGCUUUUCCGAUGUAUAUAAAUUUGUCAAUGCUUUGAAAGCUGUAUUGUUGGAAAAGUAA